AUGAAGCUUUCCCUCGUCCUUGCAGCAGCCUUUGCCACUCUAGGCCUCAGCGCUCCAGACGGAAUCAAACGCUCCGCCUCUGGGCUCGAGAUCAUCCAGGGCAAAGCCCUUCUGGAGGCGCGCCAGCGGGCCUGCUUCCAGAAUCCAGGCACGGGUUGCCGCACGUUUAACAACGGUAAUGCUUGCUGCUGUUGGGAUUGCACGGAGGCGCAGUGCAAUUCAAUUUGUGGGGGGCUCUGA